AUGCCUCAACAGGAGCAUCCCAAAGCCAUACAAAGGCGACUCAUGGCAACGUACAACAUAAGAUUCGUUCAACCAAUUGAAACCCUAGAGAAAGAGCUGUAUCCACAAAAUCACUCGUCCAAUAUAUCUGACAUUCGUCAGCUGGGUAAAACCGAAUUUCAGAAGUACCAUGAGAGUAUCGACACAGAUUCACGUGAGCGUCCCUGGAGACGAGAAGUACGAAGCCGCGUCCAAAGGGUUGUCGAGAGUGCGCAAAGAUGCCGUGAUGCACGGAAAAGUGAAAUGGGUUGGCGCUUGACUUUGGAAACCGAUGUCUUGGCGAGAUUCAGCGUCGAGGUUGGAUGCCAGAGAUGCCGCGGAUGGUUGUGGCGCUCUGAACAGGAAGUCGGCUCAAACUUUUCCCAAAGGAACAAUCCAAACUCACGAGCGCAGAACUUGAAGAAACGUCAAGAAAGGCGAACACCUUGUGUCUGCCGCUCACAGAGCCACAGAGAAGACCCGGUCGAGCAGGGCAUCAACCCGAUUUUCGACGACCGUGCAGACGAAGCGAUCGUGCACCCUGAGGAAGGCCUCCGGCGGCUGUUCCCAAAACGCGAGGAACGUCCAGAUAGAGUCUACGGUCUUCGGAGAACCAGACGGAUUGAACGUAUCCUUGACUUGGAAGAUCGUGGGCCGGAUGCUGACGGCUGUUUCAUCGGAAGCAGUGUAAACAGUACUCCCUUCCAUUCAGAUGGCGAGCCACUUCUUUUCCCGUUCCUGGUCUCAGAGGCCGAGUCCGAAAAGAGUGGAAGCUUGUGGUCUGACAUAGAAGUCCAAACUUCGUUCGCAAUUCGACGUCUUUUGCUCAUUCAGGAUGGACUUUGGCAAGCCGCAAAUCGAGAGGACAAUUGGGAGGGUGGUCCCCUGGUGUGGUUCUUGUCCAACAAAGGGGAAUGCUGGAGGGUCUCGAUUGCUUACGUCGACACCAAGAAUACGGUACAGAGAUUUCUGAUUACAAGACUUUGGCAAGGAUCGUUGGGUUCAGUCGACGACGCACUUCAACUCUUGCUCAUCGUUGAUUACAUAUGCGACUGGGCGAGAGACAUAUACCGCGAAUCAAUCAUUCAGUGUCUCAGAUCGCUGUCAGUAUCGGAUUCGAAGAGUCUGACCUAUGACACCGACAUAUUCUCCACGACCGGCCGUAUCGAUCAGUGGAACAAUAGCAGCGAGAGCAAUUCAGCCAGAGAGCUCAACAUUUCUUCACUAGAGACAUCUGAGAUGAGAGCGAGCGCAUAUCACGCUGAACUUACGGGGCAUCACUUCCUUAGAGACGCCCGCCAUAUUUGGCUUCGGUUCAUUUCUCUCUACAUUACAAUGGACAACCUUCAAUACUUUAUCGACUCAGCGACGUCAAACAGAGAAUUCAGCCAAAUGAGAAGCUCCUUGAUGAAUAUUCUGGAGAGAGCCUGGCUUGUCAGGAGAGAUAGCCUUGAUGCGCUUGAACUCGGUUGGACAGGCAAGGACCGAGAAGACCUGGCUAUGCAAGCCCCAGACAAGAUGUUCUUCGUGGUUGCCCACAUGUCGGCGUAUAUGAAUCCCCAGUGGCAAAUGACACUCGAGCUGGGAUACAUCGCCGUUUCAGUUGAUGCAGCGGAAGUCUUACAAGAAACUGUCCCCGAGAGACCACUAAAGGAUCGGCUUGAAGAAUUUCCUACGUCGACUGGCAACCCGUUUUCAAAAUUGACAGUACUUCGUGAGAGAAGACCCAUCGAAGUCCUCUUUGCUUGCGUCGAAAGAUGUUCUGUCUCGACAGACGUGAUCAGGUCAUGUGAUAGGCCUCUGGGCUCGGCUUUCGUCAACAUCGAAAAGGCAGGCAAGAUGACACACAACGGGGCAACUAUUUGGAAGCAUGCCAGUAUCGCCUUGGAUUCGGAAGGUGCAGCGCAUGACUUCAUAUCCAUGAUGUACACAAAGCAUAAGAUAGGUUUCAUUAAGCCUUCGUCGCCAAUCUUCCGCAUAUCCAGCCGCAUGACGACAUGUGGCAAUAUAGACGCUCCUCCAAUGAAGCUUGAAGCCACCAGUUGCUUUCCGAGAAUUCCAAGUGAGUGGGAGACAGUGAGCGUGGUUUACGCAGUGUCAAAGUCCGCCGUUCCAGGGAACCGGAAAUGGAGUUCGUACGGGAACUUCAUGGCCUUUGUGUUGAAUCCAAACCUGGCGACAUGGAAUCCCGCAUUGAAAGAAUACAUGAAGACUACACUGCCACACUGGCAAUUCAAUGUCCGAAGAUUUGACCACGGUCUUGGCUGGUCUCGCCUGCGGAAUAGAAUAGACAUCAUUGGCGCUGCUGGGUUUUACAAGGAUAUGGAGAGAACAUACGGAAUCUCUAUACCAACCGGAACCACGGAAUCUCGAACAGCUAGCCCUCAGAUAUCAGAGAAGCACUCGCUUGAGGAUUCGAAUGCCGAGCGAGAGUCCACUGAGAUGGGACGUCGUAAAUGCACCCGGAGAGCUGCUGCUGGACUCUGA